CAUGGACCGACAAGUGAGCAUUGUUUCAAGGCAAGAGUGGGGAGCAGCCGCUGCCAAACAAACCAAGGCUCUGAAAGGACCUGCCCGAAGAGUUGUUAUACACCACACUGCCUACCCAAGCUGCAAAGGCCUGGCUGAGUGCAAAGCCAGCCUUGUCAGUAUUCAGAGAUACCACAUGAAAGACAGAAAGUUUGAUGAUAUUGGAUACAAUUUUCUUGUUGCUGGAGAUGGGACUGUGUUCGAGGGUCGUGGCUGGGGCGUGAUGGGCGCACAUGCCAAAGACCACAACAGUGACUCACUGGGAAUUGCCUUCAUGGGGAAUUUCAACAAUGAGACGCCGAGUGAAAAAGCAGUCGUUGCGGUGAAACAGCUGCUGCAGUCUGGAGUUUCCGCAGGAUUUCUACAGCCUGGGUUUGACCUGUAUGGACACAGAGAUCUGGGAAACACAGAGUGUCCAGGAGAAAAGCUUUACGCCGCACUGCCACGACUGAGGAGCACGUCGUGAACCUCGCAGACGAUUUGUCAGUGUUUUGAGGGGAAAUUGCACACAGACCCCAUGACCAGCUUCUGUGAAGUAAGCAAGGUGUUAGGAGGAAGAAGCUUUCUAGAUCCGACACUAAUGCUCAGGUUUCUUUUUUUCCUCGUCACAUUAUAUGCAUAUUAUUUUCACAUUAUUAUAUUUUUUAUUAUCUGUUAGCAGGAAGAGUCUGUUUUCACAGCCUGUCAGAGCUUUCUUUUACAGCAGAGGGAGCCGUUGCAUGGGACGGGAAUAACGCAGGCUUUAUCUGUUUAGAAGUGCAACUGGAAACCACGAUACACGAAUAAACAGUUGAAUGUUGUGUGAAAGUUUACAUUUUUAUUUGAAUAUGCUGAUUUAAUGUAUAAUUUUUUUUUUUUCUUUAAAAAAUACAUUUGCUUGAAUCAAACUGUUACCGUGUUGUGCUUA